AUGCGGGAGAUAGCACGUGACGCUGUGGACGGACUCUACCGUGAGUACGUCUCGCGGUUCUUCUUUGGCCUCCGCAUCCUCACAUACGAGCGCAACUUGCUUGUCUCGGAGCUGGCUCGGGUGGCGCCGGCCGCUGCGGCGCAUCGUGACCCGCUGGUCCUGGUCGUCCGCAUGGACUACGACAAGAAGAAGGCUUCGAGUUGGGCACUUCGUCGCGUUUCCAAAAUUGUUGCCUCCGCAAAGCCUCUUGUUCGCAUCCGCACCUUGCUCUCCGAGAGUGAGCUCUCUUCGCCGGACAAGAUCAAUGCUGUUGUAUUGGAUGUCGCGGCUGCCUACGACCGCUGGUCGCUGCAGGUGGCCAUGUAUGAUGGCGCGCCGCUCGAUCGAGACUCGCGCUCGUUCUUCUUUGAACAGAUCAACAACCUGUCGUCGCUGGAGGAGGUCUUCUCGGACCCCAUGGGCAUCGGCGCAAAGUUCCUCAAGGACUACUUUGCCGAGCUCGAGCUCGUCGACCUGCUCAGCAACGAUCCGGGCGCAGAUGAUGAGCGCGCUACCCAGGACACUGUCCACCACGACCAGGAAGACGAUCACGAGGAGGCCGACGACGCUCUGGAGCCUGCACCCGAGGAGCUCGCCGCCGCCGCCCAGGCCAAGGCCAAGGCCAAGGCCGCCGCUGACGCCGUUGCUGACGCAACCUCGGCCGCUGCCGCGCCCCGCCGCAAGCGGGCGUAG